UUCCCCUUCCGCCAACUAUGGUAUAUAUAUAGUCUGGUGGAGGCAACGAGGAAGAACAUUAGCAUGGGUGAGCAAGCAGGCAAGAAGCUCAUCAAAGCUCUGCUCAAAAACUCUCAAAACCCAGCAUUAGCAUGGCAAAUCUUCACUCGCAUUGCUUCUUCAAGUCAUCAUCCCACCUCUAUUCUCCCUUCAAUCCCUCACAUCACUCGAAUUCUUGUUGCCGCCAAAAUGUUCCCUCAAAUUCAUUUCCUCACAAACCUCCUCCUUGUCAAUACCCAAUCUUCUUCUUCUUCGUAUACUUAUUUACUAACCCUUGUUCGUAUAAUUGCCAAUGCAGGUCAUUUAGACAAGGCCAUUCCCCAUUUUCGAGCUUUUCGAAACCGUUUCCCUGCUGAACCCCCCUCAAUUUCCUUCUACAACAUGCUCAUUCACGCUUCACUUGAUCAAAACAACCCUGAUUUCGUCUCAUGGUUGUACCAAGAUUUGAUUCUUGCUGGGGUUUCACCUCAGACCUAUACUUUCAAUCUUUUUAUUGCUGGGUUGUGUGAUUCGGGCCGGUUAGAGGAUGCCCGCAAUCUGUUUGAUAGAAUGCCUGAGAAGGGAUGUUUGCCCAAUGAGUUUACUUUCGGUAUAUUGAUUGGGGGGUAUUGUCGAAAUGGGCAUGCUAAUAAAGGUGUGGAGCUUUUGGAUUAUAUGGAAAGUAUAGGCGUUGCUGCUAAUGUGGUUAUUUUUAAUACUUUAGUUUCGAGGUUUUGCAAAGAUGGUAAGACUGAUGAAGCGGAGAAAUUAGUAGAGAGGAUGAGAUUGGCCGGGAUUAAUCCGAAUGUUGUUACUUUUAAUUCCAGAAUAUCAGCUCUUUGUAGCUCGGGAAAGAUUUUAGAAGCUUCUAGGAUUUUUAGAGAUAUGCAAAUUGAUAAGGAGUUGGGGCUACCGCAGCCUAAUAACGUAACUUACAAUUUGAUGCUUCAAGGUUUUUACACGCAAGGUAUGUUGCAGGAAGCUAGUGCCCUCGUAGAUUCUAUGAAAACAAAUGGUAUUUUUACCCAACUAGAGAGCUAUAAUAUAUGGUUGUUAGGCUUGGUGAGGAAUGGGAAGCUUUUGGAGACUCAGUCGGUGCUUAAUGAGAUGGUUGAUAAAUGCAUUGGACCAAAUAUUGUCUCGUAUAACAUUGUGAUAGAUGGACUCUGCAAGAAUGGGAUGCUUUCUGAUGCAAGAACUGUUAUGGGACUAAUGAAGAGCAAUGGAGUUACUCCUGAUACAGUUACUUAUAGUAGCUUACUUCACGGUUACUGCAAAAAAGAGAAGGUGGGUGAAGCCACGAAGAUUUUGCAUGAGAUGAUCAAAGGUGGCUGCUUUCCGAAUACUUACACUUGUAAUAUCUUGCUGCAUAGCCUUUGGGGACAAGGGAAGAUAGCGGAAGCAGAGAAACUCCUGCAAAAGAUGAAUGAGAGAGGAUAUAGAGUGGAUACUGUGACCUGCAAUAUUGUGAUAGAGGGUCUGUGUAAGAGUGGAAAGGUUGACAAAGCAAUCGAUAUUGUUAAUGGUAUGUGGACACAUGGAAGCGCUGCUCUUGGUGAGCUGGGAAAUUUAUAUAUUGGUUUAGUGGAUGAUGAUAAUAAUACUAAUGCAAUCAAAUGCAAGCCUGACUUGGUUACUUAUUCCACCUUAAUAAAUACUUUAUGCAAGGAAGGGAGGCUUGAUGAAGCUAAAAAGAAGUUUAUUGAAAUGAUGAAAAAAAAGUUAUACCCUGAUUCAUUACUUUAUAAUAUAUUCGUUCAUAGUUUCUGUAAGAUAGGAAAACUAUCAUCUGCAUUUAGGGUUCUCAAGGAUAUGGAGGAAAAAGGCUGUGGGAAGAAUUUAGUAACCUAUAACUCUUUAAUUUGUGGUUUGGGUAAGAAAGGUCAAAUAUUUGAGAUGUAUGGACUAAUGGAUGAAAUGAAAGAAAGAGGUGUGUCUCCUACUGUUGCUACAUAUAAUAAUUUAAUAAGCUGUCUUUGUGAGAAUGAGAGGGCAGAAGAUGCAAUUAAUCUUUUAGAUGAGAUGUUACUAAAGGGUUUGUCUCCCAAUAUAUCUUCCUUCCAAUAUCUAAUGAGUGCCUUCUGCAAGGUUGGAGAGUUUGUACCAGCACGAGAGGUGUUCAGUAUUUCUUUGAGUAUAGUUGGCCACAAGGAAAUACUUUACAGCUUAUUGUUUAAUGGAUUGCUUGCUAAAGAGGAAGUCUUGGAAGCUAAGGAUCUGUUUGAAGCUGCUGUAGAAAGAUCUUUGGAUAUUGGAAGUUUUCUAUACAAAGAUCUCAUCGACGGGCUUUGCAAGAAUGAAUUUAUCGACCUUGCAUCUGAUAUACUUCAAAAGAUGAUUAAUAAAGGAUAUAGCUUUGAUCAUGCAUCAUUCGUGCCAGUCAUAGAUGGUCUUUCUAAAAGGGGAAAGAAGCUUGAGGCUGACGAGCUUGCAGAACGGAUGCUGGAAAUGGCUUCUGAAGUUAAGGUGACAAACAAAGUUUGUGCAGAUGCCAGAGUUUAUGAAAAAUCAAAGAAGUAUAGAGAAAGUGACUGGAAGACAAUAGUGCACAGGGAUGAUGGAAGUGGAACAACAUUAAAAACUCUUAGGCGAGUACAAAAGGGCUGGGGUCAGGGAAGUAUAUCAAGUUUUCAACCCCCAAAAACUGACUAUCUUGAUGUUUGGGAUGGCUGAAUAAAACUUUUCAUUGCAUUGAUAAUCUGCACUAGAUUCAAAGGUUGGCAGAGUGCUGCUAGAGUUUAGACUUAUUUACUGCCUUGCACUUGGGUCUGAACAGUUCCUCUGUUUUUAACUCUUGAACUCUGUUCAUCGUGAGCCAUCAAGUAUCAGUGAAAACAUCCUUUGGUGUUUGGAUAGCUGGUUCGAUAUCUACUCAGCCUUUUUAAACUGGCUUUCUGUAUUUACUAAAGGCUAACAGGCCCAAACAUACCGCGUGUUGAUGGACAGAAUUCAGAAUACUAAUUUACUUUAGGUUUGUUUGUUUUCUACAUGUAAUGGGAAGUGGUAUACAAAGUAAAGUUGGCUACUUUUGUUUGCUUCCAAAAGCGUCUCGGUUGUCUUGCGGGGAUAUUCAUCAACACAACUCUUGUAUCGUAGUGUGUAAAGUUUGCUGGACAUCGGGUGUGCAUCAACAAGUCUUGAUAUGUUCAGCCAAUAAUAAUUAUUAUUUGAAAAUUUAGGAAGGUUCAUGGCUUUGUCACCUUCCAGAACCAGCAUGAGAUGAGGGCUAAGUUGGGAGGUUUACACAUCAUUCUCCAGUGGGGAUAGCCUUUCAAUUAAAGCCCAAUACAUUGCUGCAACAAGUAAUGGUGACAGAGAUGCAUGUCCUCCCUCAGAUCAGAUAGUUUGUGGAUGCAAUCUUUUGCAUAAAUUUUCCAGGUAAAGAAGGGACUUCUGACUUGCAGCGAGAUGCUUAGGAAAUGAAAAUGCACUGGUACGACCAUGGGAAGAAUUACCAGCCUGGGAUGUGAUCUUGCACAUAUUGUAGCAAUAAAAUUAUCUGCUAAAAGACGGUAUUGCUCUCGCAUGAUGCACAAAUCUUGAAGGAUGGAUGGUUAAGAGGCUUCCCAAUCAUUACUCGGCCUGAUUGCCACCAAAAGGAAACUGAACAUCUUACAUUGUUAUUGCUUUCAAUAGAGGAUGACAGGGGCAAAAUGCUCAAAUUCAUGACAAGCAACCUCCCAUUUCUCCUGUGUUAUGUUCUAUUAUGCAAAUAUUCUUGACAAAGUUUCCACCUGCUCUAGAUUUCUAAAAGCUGUACAACAUGAUCAUACUUUAUUCAGUCUUCUGUACUUAUCUAGCUUAUUUGUUAAGCAUUGAGCUAGUAAUUAGUUUUCUUAGUUAAUUGGCGACCGGGAGUGUCCAUUGGCGCAGUUCUGUUCCUUUCGGUUGAGUGAGAGAUUGUUCUCAUCAAUCUUGUUGCUCUAAAACAUGCCCUAGUAUGUUGAAUUUUUCUUCUUUGGUAUA